GUCUCCUUUGUUCGCCCUCGUUGCGCAGUAGUGCAGUCGGCUUUCCGGUUGUGGGCUCCUGAGUGCGGCCUUCGCUGGAGCUUCGCUGUUAGGAACUCCUGGCUGGGGAGCUCGGAGGAGCUUACCACCGUCGACGCCCCUGCCGAAUCACUGGGGUAAAAAAAUGGUUGAAGCGGAUCGUCCAGGAAAGCUCUUCAUCGGUGGGCUUAAUACAGAAACAAAUGAGAAAGCCCUCGAAGCGGUGUUUGGCAAAUAUGGAAGGAUCGUGGAGGUACUCUUGAUGAAAGACCGGGAAACCAACAAGUCAAGAGGUUUUGCUUUUGUCACCUUCGAAAGCCCAGCAGAUGCUAAGGAUGCUGCCAGAGACAUGAAUGGCAAGUCUUUGGAUGGAAAAGCCAUCAAGGUGGAACAGGCUACCAAACCAUCAUUUGAAAGUGGCAGACGUGGACCACCCCCACCUCCACGAAGCAGAGGCCCUCCCAGAGGUCUUCGAGGAGGAAGAGGUGGAAGUGGAGGAACGAGGGGCCCUCCGUCACGAGGAGGGCACAUGGAUGACGGUGGCUACUCCAUGAACUUUAACAUGAGCUCUUCCAGAGGCCCACUGCCAGUCAAACGGGGCCCACCGCCACGAAGUGGGGGUCCUCCUCCCAAAAGAUCUGCCCCUUCAGGACCAGUUCGCAGCAGCAGUGGGAUGGGAGGAAGAGCUCCUGUAUCACGCGGAAGAGACAGUUACGGUGGGCCGCCUCGAAGGGAACCCCUGCCCUCUCGCAGAGAUGUGUAUUUGUCACCAAGAGAUGAUGGAUACUCUACGAAAGACAGCUAUUCCAGCAGAGAUUACCCAAGUUCCCGCGAUACCCGAGAUUACGCACCCCCACCAAGAGACUAUACUUACCGUGAUUAUGGUCACUCCAGUUCACGUGAUGACUAUCCAUCCAGAGGCUAUAGUGAUAGAGAUGGCUAUGGUCGUGAUCGGGACUACUCAGAUCAUCCGAGCGGAGGUUCCUAUCGAGACUCCUAUGAGAGCUAUGGUAACUCACGUAGUGCUCCACCUACACGAGGGCCCCCGCCAUCUUAUGGUGGAAGCAGUCGCUAUGAUGAUUACAGCAGCUCACGUGACGGAUAUGGUGGAAGUCGAGACAGUUACUCAAGCAGCCGAAGUGAUCUCUACUCAAGUGGUCGUGAUCGGGUUGGCAGACAAGAAAGAGGGCUUCCUCCUUCUAUGGAAAGGGGGUACCCUCCUCCACGUGAUUCCUACAGCAGUUCAAGCCGCGGAGCACCAAGAGGUGGUGGCCGUGGAGGAAACCGAUCUGAUAGAGGGGGAGGCAGAAGCAGAUACUAGAGACAAACAAAACUUUGGACCAAAAUCCCUGUUCAAAGAAACAAACAAAAUGGAAACUAUCCUGUCAUAACUACCCAAGGACUACUAAAAGGAAAAAUUGUGUUACUUUUUUUUUAAGUUUCCUGUUAAGUUCCCCUUCCAUAAUUUUUAUGUUCUUGUGAGGAAAAAGUAAAACAUGUUUAAUUUUAUUUGAUUUAAUGACAUUGCUUUUAACAAGCAAAUGUUAACUGUGUAAAACUUGACUUGUUGUACUAGUGUUGUAAUUUUCCAAGUAAAAGUUUCCCUUAAAGGCCAAAUCCUAUCUGAUUUUUUCCCCCAGUAUAAGAGGCAAGCAUUUCUUAAGAUCUUCCGCAAACAUCUAGCCACCUAGAUGUCCAUGAUCUCCAUUGAGAGGCCACACAUCCUGCCUGUUCCAACAGGUUAGCUCUUAGAGGGUGGUCGGGGUGUGCUAGCUACUCCCAGGAUUUCAGGAUGUCUUCAAUCUGCAAUCUCCAUGUUCUCAGUAUGCAAAACCUGAGAUCAGAUGCCUGUGUAAGGAAAGUACUAUUCACCCAGUAAACCCCCAAAAGCAAAUGGAUAAUGCUGGCCACAUUUUGCCUUUCUGACAUUUCCUUGGGAAUCUGCAAGAACCUCCCCUUCCCCCUCCCCCAAUAAGACCAUUUAAGUGUGUGUUAAACAACUACAGAAUACUAAAUAAAAAGUUUGGCCAAAACCAACCAUGAAGCUGCAAACGAUGCUUGCUCUUACUGUUUCAAAUUUUUGCAACUCUGUAGUGUCUCACUUUUAAAGGAACAGCUUGAUUGCAAAGGAGAAAAUAGAUAAGCAAUGAAGUUAUCUCCAACUUCCUAAAGGCUUAUGACUUCUAAAAAGUGAAUCUAUCAGCAUUCCACAUCAGAUAUAAAGCACCAAAUGCCUGUGAAACAGCAAAGAUGGUAAGCAAAGCAAACUAGUUUUUCCGUCUAAGUCGAAAUUGAACACUUACCUUCCUCGUAGUACAGUGAAACGUGCUGUACUAAAUGGCAAUGGAAAUGCCUUCUAGCUUAAAAACCUUUGGAAACAGCAAAUGUUCAAUAGCCUGGUAGAAGUUCUCCAAAUUCGACACUUGGAUUUUUUUUUUAAAGCAUGUGUGACACUUAAAGGCCAUUAGAAAAAGCUGUUGUUUACCAAUGGCAAUCUGGGGCUUGGGAGGGGGUAUUUUUUAAUUUUUUUUAAGUCUUUUUUUUUUUUUUUUGGAUGAAGACCUUUAAACAUGCUUCAUAAGUUUUAGCUUUUUUCAAAUUAGGCUUUUUAGUCAAUAUAGGAAAUGGCUUAGGUUUGGGGUUCCCCCUCUCUACCCCUGUAAGCCAUUGCAAAUUUUCACAUUUAGUUGGAUGCCUGACUUGUUUUUAGUUCUAUGAAACUACACUGUAUGGAGAAAAUCUAUUGCAAGUGUUUUUGUUUUUUUUUUUUUUUAAAGCAAAACCUGAGGCAGCAUGACCCAGGUCCAGCCAUGAAGUUGAAAAAGAUGCUCUUGAAAUAUAGUAAACUUGAAGACCUCCAACUAAAAAAUCCUUACACUGCACUUAUCCUUCAAAUAAAUUUUGUCCGUUCAACUUAUGGAUUUAUCGUGGCAGUGCACCAUUGGAACAGAAAGAGAAUCCAUAAGCCAUGCAACUUAACCAUUUAAGCCAUUCCAGUCCAUCCCAAGCCAGUGACUUCUUCCACCACUUAAGAAAAGUAGUAGGACAUGAAAUACAUUAAACUGCAAGUCUGAACUUGCCUUUUCUUUCUGGAAAAGAGGGCAGUUAUAGGCAAGUUUGCAAGGAUGUUCCUUAAGAGGUAACUAGUUCUCAUCUAUCUAAUUUUUGCAGGUUGAGAAUUUAUGGUCAAAAUGGUCAUGGAGUGCUGAUCUAUUCACAGCAGAUAAAGCUGGCAGCAAGAGAAAUCAAUUGCUAAGAGUUGUUGAAGCAGAAGAAGGCCGAUUGUGGAAAAGUCCCAGCAGUCCCAUAUGCAGUGCCCAACACAGUUGGUUUGGUGCAGGCAGUAGGUUUCCUUGAAGGGUUCUUGUGCAUCUGAGGAAGGCAUCAGUGGUAGUUGGCUCAGUGACUGGCCAAGCGAAUGGAGGAGGGGAAGCAGUUGAGGCCAUGGGUAUGUGGAGAGGCAGGCGGGAAGCUUCUGUGAUAUUUAACGUAAUGUGGGUUUUACAGCUUUGGCUUUGAUUUUUGUGAAGUUGUAGGGACAAGUCUGUAAUCAGACCUUAAUACUAAAUACCGGUUGAGUUAGAAAAGUGACAGGCCCAAAGCAAUUGAGUAAUUUUUGAUAUUGGCUUAACCAAAAGCAAGGUUCAGUUACAUAAACUAAAAGUAACAUCUAGAAACUGGCCAGUGCUCAGAUAAUCUAAAACUGGAAACAAAAUUGAACCACUUAGCUUUUUACUGUGUUUCAUAAGCCUGCUUAACCCCGAGCUUUCAGUCUUGGGAAUAAAUGCUGACAUUUUAUUUCUAGGAGAUUAGAACCAGUGGUAUAAAUGUUAAUGUCCUUGAGGGAAAACAGAUUUGAGUUGGUGGGUUAGAGGAACCAACCAACCGAGUUAGACAUCGUAGUUAACAGAACUACUAUUCCUUUUCAUGCUUAGAAUUAUAAUCCUCACCUGACUUUUCUAAUCACAGGCUGUGUGAGGGUAUUUGACAAUUUUAAAUGGUUGCAUUUAAAUAACAGCUCAGUCCUUCCCUAAUCUGCCUACUUGAGGGUUAAUGGUUCUGUGAGAACUGUUCCGACUUUUGGAAUUUCAUUUAAGUUUUUACUGGUAGUGUAGAUAGAUCAUUGUAGUGAAUGUUAAAUUCCAAGUAAUGCAGUAUGCUUACAAAUGACUAGACACAGCUGCUUGACAUUGGUGGCUUACCCAACAGGCUUAAUUUUCUUUCCAUUGGAAAAAUAAUUGCUGUUGGUUCAUCUGGUUGUAAAAAAAAAAACACAAUGGUAUGAUACAGAGAGUUUUCCUUGUUUAACUGGUGGUUGCACAUAGAACAUGGAUGAUAAUAGAUGGACUUUUUGGAAUGUUUUGUAUUAAACAAUAAAAUCUUAACAU